GGCACAAACAGGUCCGUAAAGUAUUUCGCUUUGAUUCUAUGGUCUGUUUGAGUUUUAUGUAGACUGACACAGCUGAAGCUUUAUUACAUCCCACAGCAAGCGUGGCGUGUUUUUGGUUGCAUCACGUUUCAACCACGCCUGCAAACCCAUGAACAACAUCGCCUACAUUUACGACCGUCGCCAAAAUUCGAUUGUGUUCUCAACCGCACGAGAGAUAGAGAAAGGGGAGGAACUGUUCAUUAAUUACGGCAAACAUCCCGAGAACCUCUAUCAGGAGUACGGCUUCGUCUGCAACUGUGGUGGCUGUCGAGUCUUGACGGAUGCUGAGAUUGCUGAAUUGGAAAACCCGGUCGGCCGCUAGUAACAGCAUCGGGCGUGCUGGUGGUUGGUUUUGUGAUGAAGCAGACUUGUCUUGUGAUGGGACUGAAUUGUGUACUGAUUUAGGCUCUACCCUUGCCGAUGUAAUUAUAGGUUGGAGCGCAUUUACUAGGGACCGGUAUAUAGCAAAGUAUCGUUGCAUUGCCACCAGAAGCAUCAGAAGCAUCAGAAGCAUUAUUUUUUCCCCUAGUCAUCACUAAUAAUAGCGAAUGACUUGUAUUAGUUAUUGCCGACUCUGGCGAAAAUGUGGUGUGAAGGCGGGUCGUCAAAGCAGUCGUCAAUCACAG